AUGGCAAAAACAAAAGCGGUGGUAGUUCCCAACAAAGUGCUUCAUAUCAGAGCUUCGUACCUCUACCAGGCAGCGUCAUACCUCGCAUCGCAACAUCUCGGACCAGAUGUCCAGAAUGACCAAGCUACCCACAAAGAUGGGUCGAAAUCGACCAGCGAGAAUGUGUGCCAUACAGCAUCAAUCCGUCUUAUAUCCGACCUACGAAACGUCACCUCGAAAACCCUGAUUCGAAUGUCUCCAGAGAUGAAGCAGGGAAUCUGUAAGAUAUGCAAUACAAUACUCAAUGAAGGAUCGACCUGUUCCAGCGAAGUCGAAAACAAAAGCAAAGGGGGAAAAAAGCCUUGGGCGGAUGUGCUGGUGAGAAAGUGCAAUGUCUGUGGGACUGCGAAGAGAUAUCCUCUAGGGAAGCGGCAGAAGAGACGACCUUUGCGCAUGCAGACACUGGAAGCAAAUGGACUUGAAGAGCUUGGGGGAGAUGCUGUGAGUUGA